AUGUCUUCUCAAGCCAAUACACCAAACUAUUUAGACACUAAGAACUCACACUACACUUGGAGCAGUCACCAUGACGUCUACGGGGAGAAUUAUAACGUCUACAAGUACUCCAAUACUUCUAGAUAUGAAUCUGGAUCAGGAAGAUCUUCUGGGAGCUUCAGAUCGACCCAGGAAGACUUCUACAAAGCUGGAUUGGAAUCAAAGUACUUGGCAAGCAAAAACAAGACUACGGAUAAGAAAACUGUCAAUUCUGCAGCUCCUGUUGGUGUGGAAGUGAUGAAAAAACGUAGGCUAGCUGCAAACGCUCGUGAAAGACGAAAAAUGAACAGUUUGAAUGAUGCUUUCGAUAGGUUAAGGGACGUGGUGCCUAGUUUGGAAAAUGACAGGAAGCUGAGCAAGUUCGAGACGUUACAAAUGGCACAGACUUACAUUGCUGCUCUUCACGAACUUCUGCAAAGGGAUUAG